GUCAGUCUUACACCCUCCUCUCAGCCCGAAAGGAGUGCACAAGGACAAAAUACUCCUCCCGCUCACAGCACACACUCGCUGCUCAUGCAUUGAGUGCAAUGCCGUGUGAUUGAGAGAGAGAGAGAGAGGAGGGGGGAGAGUGGAGAGAGAGAGAGAGAGAGAGAGAGAGAGUGCAUUUACUUUCCCUCUCUUCCCACUUGAGGGAAGCUGUAGUGUGGAGAAGCUGCAUAAAGAGUGUGGUGCCAACUGGACUUUUGUAGCAAAUCAUGGUGGCUAAGAAGUAGAAGAAGAAGAAGAAGAAGAAGAAAAAUAAACUCCCAUUUGGCUGAACAGGAGACCAGAUUUUCCUCCGAGGGAUUACUGGACUCUUUUUAUAUGUGCUCGUGUCAUGGUAAUGUCCUACAUGAUCGUCUCUUGUUGAGAGGAGCCCGUCUGUGUCCCGUGGAUCACAGUUUGUUUACUCACCCGAGGAGGGUUUGAAUGAAGUGUGCGGCGGAAGGAGGAAACAUGUCGAAGGGACAAUUCAGUCACCUGUUGAGGGGAGUCUGCAUGCUUUGGAUGUGGCAAGCUGUGUUUGUGAAUGGGACGGAGAGCAAGCUAUGGGAGGUGCCCACGGCCUCCUUCACUUCCUCCGCCAACCUCAGUGAGAGCCUGUGGGAGCAGGACUGCCAGCACAGCCAUCUGCAGGAAGGAGCGAGAAUCACAGCGGACACGCCGCCAAGACUGGACGGCACGUGGGUGUCAACGAGGUGUGAAGUUCGGCCCGGUCCAGAGUUCCUCACCCGCUCUUACACAUUCCACGCCAGCCGUCACUUCCAGGCCCUGCAGCACUAUUACAAAGACAGCGGCUGCGAGGACCCGGCCUACUCCCUGAUGAUCAGGGGCAAGCUUCGCCUGCGCCAGGCCUCCUGGAUCACCCGCGGCGCCACCGAAGCUGAACACCACCUCAGCAAGGUGAGUGUCGUGGUCCACAGCCUGGCGGCCAAGCAGAGGCUGGCCUCCAUGCUGCCCUCCACCUGCGUGGGUCUGACCCUGGGCCGGGUGGUGCCGGGGAAGCCGCUGGAGCUGUACAACACCCGGGCGGGGAGGGGAUGUCUGGAAGCGCUGGGCUUCUCCAUGAUGGAGAUGGGGCUGAUCCGGGUGGAGACGCGGCACCACGGCCACGGAGGGAAGGUCCAGGAGCUGCUCCUGGGGGACGUUCACACUGACUGGACACAGAGGACUCAGUACCGACCUACAGGGUACCAGCAGCCACUGCAGAACGCCAUGCAUCACACCCACCCCUGCCCCGUGUGCGCCCUGGUGUACCGCUCCUCAGAGCAGCGCCCCCCGGUGUUGCCCCGGCGCACAGCAGCUCCUUUGUCUCUGACCGGCAGCUGGGUCAGCGGCCGCUGCGAGACCCGUCCCAACGUCCUCUUCCUCACCCGCGACUUCACCUUCGAUCCCGACCAGCACGCGUGGCAGGGGGUCUACCGGCACUACUCGGACCCCGUCUGCUCUCAGCCCACCUUCACCCUGAGGGCCUCGGGCCACUACGCUCAGGGAAACCCCUCCGCCAAGGUCUCCGGAGCCACCGAGUUCGUCUUCAAGGUCACCCGGGUGGGAGUCACGGCUCUGGACGGGCCCACGGCGGCGUUGCUGAACGGGACGAGGCCCGGAAAGUGUGGCCGUGCAGGAGGUUGGAAGGUCGGUGUGGAGCAAGACUUGACCCCCACGGAUGGAUGCACCCCGCUGGGCGUCAAGCUGCCACAUAAGGAGUACGAGCUCUUCAAGACAGAGCUGGACCACAGGAAACACCCGCUGCUGUUCGUCGGAGAGAGGCCGACUGACGGGUACAGUCCAGACCGACCCGAGAGGAGGCCCACGUCCUUUCAGGCUCCCAUGUGGCUUUGCCGUGACGGCGAUACCCAGCCUUCACGUCGCUAUGGCUCGGUCUUCAAGAGCAAGCAGGUGCAGACAGCAGCCAGCGGGACAGAGAGACUGGCCCAGCUGGCGUUGCUGGUGCUGGGAUCUGUGCUGUGCAGCUGGUUCUGGGUUUAUUAGGGACACUGUUUGCAAAUCAAGUCUGUUUUUUCAGUCAUUGAUGGACAGUGUUUUAUGGCAGAUUUCCUUCACUUAUCCUCCAUAUGGUGAUGACCAACAUGUGUGACGGUCAGGAAAAGUCAUGAGACACUCGGGAGAGCCGACAUGUCUGGCUUUCAAACGCUGCCUGUAGGUUCACUUUAAUGACUCUAAACCCCAGCUGCAUUUCCACUUAGAAAUAUUCUGUAUAUAAACCACCAAUAUAUACAAAUGUCAUCAUUUGAGUAUGUAAAGCUAUAUUCUUUUACACGUCUUGUUUUUGUAUAACGAACGGAUUGAUUUUUUUUGUCACAUGGUUGCUUCAAAGCAAGAUCACAGUGUUGAAGUGGUGAUCGGUUGUUUCCACAGCGAACUGAAAGCCAUAAACUUUCCAGCAGACUACACACCAGAACUAAUUUUAAUCCCAGAUGCAGUAUAACUAAUGCACUUUGUACAGAACAUUGUUUUCUCAACAUGCAGGAGAGAAAAGCUGGGAAGUGGAAAAUUUGUAAUCAGCAUUAAUAGCUGCCAUCCUCAUUGGUCCAACACCCCUGUGGAGUGAAAUGCUGCUUUAUCUCUUCUGUAAAAGCUUCUGUAUUAGUCGGCUUUUCUAGCAGCAGUGGAUCUAAACAGUCAAAGGAAUAUUUAUUUUAACCAUUUAUACUGUAUUUUUUGAUAUGAGGAAGAGUUUGGUUCAAUAUUUUGGUUAGUUUCGCAAUUUAAAAAGUGAUUAUUUCUUAUUAUUGUAUGUGUAUUAAAAAUGUUUUUCAUAA